UAAACAGGAUUCCAGUCGGCAAGCCUCUGAGUUUUCUGAACACGUGACGUCGCUAUUUACAAGAUGGCGGAUCUAAGUUGUUCAGCGACGAUGGCGAACCCGAAUAGAAAGCGUGGUCGACCUCGUCUUUUCACUACACCAGAGAAAAAAAAGAAGUUUUAUAAGAUGCUUGGGCGUUGUGUGUUCUUGGGCGACACAUUUGUCGAAUGGAGGAAUUUAAGAGAGCUCGGGAUGAACAGGGACAGCGAACUUGCGCGUGUGCUGUUGGACAGUUUUCAGGCGACAGGUCAGCCCACCGCCAUCAACAGUGUUCCAAGCUCGUCCAGUCCACAGGCCACAUGGCAGCCCCCACGUUUUGACGAUGUGUCCAGUGUGAGUGGACACUCAGAAAGUGUUACAGCUUUCAUCUCCCAACCUCUCUUCAAUGAACCUGGAAAUGAAAAGGAGAGCAAUGUGCUGGAAAACAACCAGGAAGACUUGACAAUAUCAUGUAUAGAGCCAGAGCUGCAGUCUGUGGAGAGCAGGGAAGACUUGACAUUGUCAUGCAUAGAGCCAGAGCUGCAGUCUGUAGAGAGCAGCAUCUCCCAUCUUCUCGUUAAUGACCCUGACAAUGAAAAGGAGAUCAAUGCGCUGGAAAACACCCAGACUACAUCCACCCUUUUGGGUAGGGAUGUGGAAAAUGGAGUCAUCACACCUGGGGAGGAGGUGUUUGAUCAUGACAUGCAGGGAGGAGAGGAGGAUGAUGAUGACAACAUCGAGUUUCCGGAUGAGGUCAAGGUCAACCACUCUAGAGACAUCAAGGUUGAGCAGUGUUUCAUCGUUUACAAAAAAACCCUGCUGUAA